AUGUCGUUCAAUUCUGCUGAUACACCAUCUUCGCUGUACUUAUUGGUCGAUGAACAUGCUGGCGGUAUUCUAGUUCCGUGGAUAAAAUACUCACGAUCAACAGGAGACUACAGUAUACUCGAGGAGUACCUGGACACAGCUGUCAAGUCCUUUCUCUAUAAUGGUGGUAAGGGAAAACUUGUCUCAAUCUCUGUACUCGUUAAACGCAGAAACAAGGAGAGGAAUUCUCAACUCGGUGCUCUUCGAAGAAAAAAAGGUCGAGGAAAAAGUGGUCCCAACAUCCUUGAUGACAUCAAUCAAGAUCGCCUCGGCGCCGAUGAUUUCCUAAAAGCUCUUAAAAUCCUCGAUGGAUUUAGUGCAUGUGGUCAGAAAGUGUUUAAAUACCGCGAGUUGGUCUGGGAUAUAGAACAACGAGGUGAGCCUUUUUCACAAAAGACUCAAACGAGGUAG